AGCUUUCCGCCCCGAUCAUGGAUAAAAGGGGUGCACCGGUCUCGAGGAGCCACAGAGCCCGCUCAGCCAGCUCUCCCGCCAGCUCUCGCGCUCCAGGCACCGCCGCCCCGACAACCCGAGCUGAGCACCAUGGCCCGCGCCGCGACCGCCGCCGCCACCCGAUCCCCUUCGCUCCUCCGGGCCGCGCUGCUGCUUCUGCUCCUGGCCGCCUCGUGCCGGCGCGCAGCUGGGGCGCCCGUGGUCACUGAACUGCGUUGCCAGUGCUUGCAGACCUUGCAGGGGAUUCACUUCAAGAACAUCCAGAGUGUGAAGGUGACGCCCCCGGGACCCCACUGCGGCCAAACAGAAGUCAUUGUCACUCUCAAGAAUGGACAGGAAGUUUGUCUCAACCCCGAAGCCCCCAUGGUUAAGAAAAUCAUCGAUAAGAUGCUAAACAAGGGCAGCACCAACUGAGCUCGACAGAAAUAAAAAGCUCCUGGUGGCAGUUCCUGAAAGGAGGUCUCUGCUCUUAUAAGGAUUGAAAAUGAAGAAGAGAACAUCCAACUUUUGGGGACAACUACAAAGAAAUUACUGUAUUUGACUAUUUUUAUUUUUUCUAUGAGAGACUUAUUUAUUUAUGUAUAUAUUUAUUUUAGAAAUCUCGUAUUUUAAUAUUUUACGUUAGUAUUUAAAGGUGUGAAUGUGUUUAAUCAAACAUAACUUUGUUCUGAUUGUUAUUUAAUUCGAAGAUGAUGGAUUUUAAAUGUCUCACUAAACUAAUAUAUUUUGGAAGGCCAUUAAGUUCCAGUUGGGGGAGGAGGGAUGUCACAGAAGAGGGGAAUCCAAGCAAUCAGACAGUGAGAUCACUAUUAGGAUCAGGGAAAGUGUGCGCACAUCUAUUUUUGUACUUGUUUAAAAGAAUGUUGGUUGUUAUUUAUUGAAACUCUUUCACAUUAUAUGGUCAACAUUUUGAUGUUGAUGCAUCCCUUGGACAUUUUAUGUCUUGCUUGUAGGGCAUAAUGCCUUGUUUAAUGUUCUUUAUGCAAUGUUUCUCUGUUUUGAAACAGAUAAGUUAAAACUACUGUUAGAUUUUUACGAACAACAUGAAAAUAAAAGUUUUGCAAAAAAUGA